AACGUCGCAGGAUUUAGCCUUUUCACUUGCCGUACUGGGGCAGGGCAUUUGCUAACAAACAGCCUACGCAAUUUUAGAGAUUGUUCAUAUUCAUUGCAGUUUUUAAAAUUAGUGUCGUUUAACCAAACGGCACAUAUAUUGCCCGAGGAGUUUAUCACCAAAUAUAUACAUGAAUUUACACAUAACCGCUUUAUCGCGUUCUAAAUUUUGUUCGCUAGCGCGAAUGCUAACAAUUACAAGCUAGGGUACACCUCACAUCUCCGAGCCUGCUAAACUUCCACACUAUGGAUUCAUUGAAGCCACAAGUUGCGUGCUCGGGAGAUGAGGGAGGCAAAAUUAUGUUAUCGGAGAUGGAGAUCGGGUGCGGAGGCGACGAAGCGAGUAAGGGCGAGUUAACGGAGAUGGAAAUGGGCGACUCUGGGGAUGGAGGAGAGCCUAAAACCUGUGUGUUGGAGGGCUUCGGUGAGCGGGACCUGAUCGAGGCUCUCAUCGCCAGUCUUCCGGACAUCCACGGCGACCAGACGAACCGGGAGUCCGCCACGGAGAAGUUCCAGGAGACACUCAGCCAAUAUCAAGAUCAGCCUCAUCUGCUGGACCCACACUUGGAAUGGAUGGUGAAUAUGUUACUCAAGUUGGUGAGGAGUGAGAACUGCCCUUCUUCCCUUUUUCAUUUGGGCUUCAAGUUUCUCUACAUCAUCUGUAAGGUGCGCGUCUACAAAAUCUUCAUUCGCCGAUUGCCUCAUGAAGUCGCUGACAUAGAGCCAGUUCUGGAUUCGCUGUCCAAGCAAGACCCGACAGACACUGAGACAUGGUCGACACGCUACAUUCUGCUGCUGUGGCUGUCCAUGACCUGCCUCACGCCCUUUGACCUUUCCCGCCUUGAUGGCAAUCUGAAGUCUGAAGAUGGCCAAGGAAGAGAGGCCAUCAUGGACCGCAUCCUCGCUAUUGCUAAGUCAUAUCUUGGUGUCAGCGAUGGCUGCAGGCUUGCUGCAUCCGUGUUGGUCUCAAAAUUCAUGACGAGGCCUGAUGUGCUCAAGAGGUGCCUUGGAGAUUUCCUGGACUGGAUUCUCGCCACUAUAUCCCAAAAUAAUGACCAGUCUUUGGACUCCAUUCGGGUGCUAGAUGGUGCUCUACAGUCUCUGGCAAUGCUUUUCCAGCAUGGCAAGCGGGAGGAUCUCUUACAGCAUGCUUCUGGAGUUUUGCGGUGUCUGGAAGAAAAGCGUCUGUCAGAAAGUAGCCAAGCCACGCUGAGGAAGCUCAACGUCAAACUGAUCCAGCGGUUGGGCCUCACCUACCUGAAGCCACGCUUGGCUCCUUGGAGGUACCAGAGAGGAAGCAGGUCCAUCGCAUCGACCCUUUUGACCAGCCAGGCCACAGAUAGCCUCAAAGAGACGACACAAGGGGAGGAGGAUUAUGAUAUUCCAGAGGAAUUAGAGACAGUCAUUGAGCAUCUACUGAUGGGACUUAAGGAUAAAGAAACAAUAGUGCGGUGGUCUGCAGCAAAGGGUGUUGGGAGAGUGACUGGGAGGCUUCCGAAGGAGCUGGCGGACGAAGUCGUGGCCUCAGUGCUGGACUGCUUCAGCUUCCAGGAGACGGAUACCUGGCACGGAGGCUGCCUGGCCCUUGCAGAACUUGGCAGGAGAGGGUUACUGUUGCCCUCCAGAUUAACUGAUGUGGUGCCGCUUAUCAUCAAGGCCCUGACCUACGAUGAAAAAAGGGGCGCCUGCAGUAUCGGCUCUAACGUUCGCGAUGCGGCCUGUUACGUCUGCUGGGCCUUCGCCAGGGCAUACGAUCCCAAAGAGCUCAAGCCUUUCGUCAGUCAAAUUUCCAGUUCUUUGCUCGUUACAACCGUGUUCGAUCGAGAUGUCAGCUGCCGCAAAGCCGCCUCAGCUGCUUUCCAGGAAAACGUCGGCAGGCAGGGUACGUUUCCUCAUGGCAUUGACAUUGCAACCGCAGCGGACUAUCAUGCUGUGGGGAUUCGCAACCACUGCUAUCUGAACACCAGUGUUUACAUUGCUAGUUUUCCUGCGUACACUAAAGCCAUGAUUGACCACUUGGUAGUCAAGAAAGUAAACCACUGGGAUGGUGCAAUUCGAGAGCUCACCUCCAAAGCGCUCCACAACCUGACACCUCAAGCACCUGAUUACAUGGCCACUUCGGUUCUGCCACAACUGUUGAACAUGGCCGUGGCUUCAGACCUCCAAGGUCGCCACGGAGCUAUCUUGGCGUGUGCAGAGGUGACACAUGCACUGUACAAACUGGGCCUCUCCACAGGCAGGACCUUAGUGGACAUCAUUCCCUCAGAGUGCGUGGUGGCUUUGAAGGGCAUUCAUCAGAAGCUACAAGACAGGAAUCAGUAUAGGGGUUUUGGAGGAGAGCUAAUGAAGCCAGCCAUGUGCAGACUUAUUGAAAAGCUUUCACUGUCCAAAAUGCCAUUCAAGAGCGACCCAGUCAUCACUGGCUGGCAGGGACUUAUUGACGACACCAUCAAAACGCUUCAUCUGGUCUCCAGCGGUGUCAAGGAUGGCAUCCUGGCCGCUGUGCUGUGUGCCUUGUCUGCUUUGUGUGAAGAAUACUACCAGGCGCAGGCUGACUCAGAGAAGCAGAGUGUGCUCAUAGCUCAGUAUAUUGAGGAGCUGCAGAGUCCACAAUUGCUCACCCGUUGCGGCUCUGCCCUGGCCCUCGGCUGUCUGCCGACCUUUAUGAUCCACAGCAAACUGACGCAGAUCCUCGACAGCCUCGGCCAGAUGCACGCCGUCUGUCUGCGCGAGGGGCGUUUCCCAGAGGCCAGGAGGGACGCGGUCCGAGCGCUGGCUCAAGUAUGCAUGAAGGCGGGUGUUUGUGCCGACGGGCCCCCGGCGUCGUUUCUGUGCUCAGAGAACAUAGCUGACGUGUACAGCAUCCUCCUGGACAGCAUGGAUGACUACACCACGGACAGCAGAGGGGAUGUGGGCGCCUGGGUCAGGGAGGCAGCAAUGACAAGUCUCAAGGAUGUUACCAUCCUGGUGACCAGAACAGCACCAGAGAUCCUUCUCCCAGACCAGGUGACGUUAAUGAUGUGCAGACUCGCGCAACAGUCGGCGGAGAAGAUUGACCACUACAGAGCGCACGCGGGCACCAUCUUCACGCAGCUCCUGCACUACGCCGACCCGACAGUUCCACACAUCCCCCACAGAGAGGAGCUGCUGAGCAUCUUUCCACAGGAAGUCAAAGCCAGUCUGAACUGGAAAGCUCCAUCCCAAGCAUUCCCGUAUGUCACCAAGCUACUUGGACUGCCCAAGUACCAGUACCAAACUUUGCUGGGCCUCACUGUGUCUGUGGGUGGGAUGACCCAGUCCACAGUUGCGGCCUCCUCCCAGUCUUUGUUUGACUACCUGCGUGGGAUCCAACAUGACCGCGCUGUUUUGGAGCACUUUGCUAUGGACGCAUUGAUUAAAAUCUUGAGAGAAAAUGUGCGCAACACAAGGAUCUCCCUCCCUUUCCUCAAAAUGUUAAACCAGUUGUUGUCCAACGGCUGCUUUGACAUCUUUACCUCAGAAGAAAAUCAUCCUUUUUGUGUGGAGCUGCUGUCGCUGUGCGAAGUGGUCAGGCGAUCCAAGGAUGUGUCCAAGCUGCGCGCCUGCAUCGCCGUCUACUGUGGCCUCAUCCAGUUCCCGGGCGAAGUCCGUAAGGAGAUCCUCUACCAGCUGCUGAUGCUCAUCUGCCACUCUUUUCUUGUGAUAAGAACGACAACAGCCAGCCUGAUGUACGAGAUGCUGCUGACUUAUGACGACGUUGUCGAUCCCGAAGUUUUGGAUGACGUCAUGAACCUGCUCAGCGACACUAACUGGGAGAGUGAGCCUGACAUUUUGCGCCCCACUCGAAAUCAGCUACGUGAUUUGUUGGGGGUGCCCAUGAAGCGACCGCUUGCUCAGAAACCUACCGAACAUUCCAAAUGAGAUGUCCAGAGAGAGACACAAAAUGGAUGACAUUCUGUUUGGUAUCAAUUAGCCUUCCAUUAAUUCGAAAUCAUGAUAAUAAAAAAGCUAAGUCAU